UGUGUUUAGCAGUGCUGCUUGGUUACAAUCCUUCUGCGCUGAAAGAAUUCCCAAAGGCUGUAGCUACCCUGCUGGAGACUGUGGCGGGAUGCGAUUGGCUUAUCUGGAAGCGAGUGUUGAGCUCCGGGGGCAUGAACAACCAUCAGGGUGCUGAGGUGCCUCUGCAGCCCCUGGGCUCUCCGUAGACUCAGCUAUGAAGAAGAUUUUUGGCUUUGGGAGUCGGAAGGGCGAGUCGCCCUUGGGCUCCUUAACCAGCCGCCAGAGGACCGGCGUGGGUGUCAGGCCUGAGACUGGUAAUAGAGUCACCUUGGGGCCCGGGUACCACAUCCGAGACAAAGAUCUUGGAAAGAUCCACAAAGCUGCCAGCGUGGGCAACGUCCGAAAAGUGCAGCGGAUUCUAUUGCUCCGUUUAAAUGGCCUGAAUGAUAGAGACAGGAUGAACAGGACUGCUCUACAUUUGGCCUGUGCCAACGGCCAUCCAGAAGUGGUAACUCUCCUGGCAGACCGAAAAUGUCAGCUUAACCUCUGUGACAGCGAAAAUAGGACAGCUCUGAUUAAGGCCGUACAAUGCCAGGAGGAGGAAUGUGCAACUAUUCUGCUGGAACAUGGUGCCGAUCCAAAUAUAAUGGACACUGAUGGCAACACGGCUCUGCACUACGCUGUCGCUGGUCAGAAUAUGAACAUAGCAGCAAAGCUGCUUUUAUAUAAGGCCGAUACUGAAGCAAGGAACAAGGAUGACCUCACACCACUUUUACUUGCUAUAAAUGAAAACAAACAACAAAUGGUGGAGUUUUUAGUAAAAAGAAAUGAAAAUGUACAUGCCGUUGAUAAGAUGAAAAGCAAUUGCAAACUACCUUCUGAUUAUAAAGAAGAAUGGAGAUAUAAAAGGUCUUCCCAGAAUAGCAAUCUAGAUCUACAGGAAUCACCAAAACAAGAAUUACAGAAAACAAAUUCAAGGACAGUGGAUGAAAGUUCUGAAGAAGACUCUGUAAGCAGUCUUUUCAGCAAACCUGGCGUUGAUGAUUCAUGGCCUACAUCAGAAGAUGAAGACUUUGAUUUUGAUUCCAGGAAUGUCAUGAAACCAAGCUUAGCAAAGCUGAUGACUGCUGUUCCACAAUCCCAGAAAAACACAGAAGCAAAAUAUGCCACUGUGAGACCAGAAAAUAGGACCUUAUAUGAGGAUAAUAAAUCUCAUAGUGACAAAGAAGAUGAGGUUGAAAUGCUUCCCCAGCCAUCAACUACAGUCCAGGACUGUUCUCAUCAAGAUUUCUUAUCACCAGGUCCUCUUCUAAAACCUUCUCUCAUGUCUUUAGCAGUCGUUGGUCUUACAAAGAAAGAAGCAAUGAAAGCAGCAAUUGCAAAAAAGGAAAAUGGUAUUGAUAUUAUUGAAGGUGCUCCACAAGAGCAAACAAAUAAUGACAAUUGUAAUGCUGAUGGAGCACACAAAAAUAAUACAAGUGAUAAAAUGUCAGCAUUAGGAUUAGGAGAAGAGGAAAAUGUAGAAUCACCUUGGGAUUCUGAGAGUUUUUCUGCAAGUUUUUCACAGAAGUAUGUUGAUCAUUUAUCUGGAACUGCAGAUCAAAGAGGAAAAAAUAUACUAAAUGGACAAAUAGAAGAUAUGUUUUAUAUACCUUCUUGCAUGAGUGGAUCAAGAAACUUUAAGAUGGCCAAACUACAGGAUACAAGAAAUGUAGGCAUACCAGUAGCCCACAUUGAUUCUCUUGAAAAAUAUCCUCAUUUGAAGCCUACCAUUGAAGUGGAAGAGCCUGUUCCUAAGAAAGCAAUAGAAAUAAAGGAAAUACAAACAUCCAGAUCAGGAAAUUGUAGCCUCCGUGACCUGGGUGAAUCACAGCUGUCAGAAAAUGGAGAGAGCAAAGAAGCAGAACUAGACUUAGAAAUAACAACAGAGGAAGAGCAAGAAAGGCUUGAUGGAAGUGAAAAUAAGCAUCUGCAAAAAAUGUCUCAAGAAUCAGACAUGAAUAAGGAUUGUGAUAGAGAGGAUAUAUCUGCAUAUUCAGGACAUCCUUGUAUGCAAAACUAUGAGGAAAUGUGGAUCAAAAAAGGCAAAUUAGAGCGGAGAAAUAAUUUAAAACUCAUUGCAAAUGAGUUAAAGCAGAAGUUUGGUGAAAUCUGUGGAAAAUACAAAAUUACUGGUGGUCUUGAGGAAGAGCCACCACUUGACAACUCUAAAAAAGGAGCAAGCUUAAGAGAAAUACCUUCUAAUUUUCCAGAUAAUAUACUUGAUUGUGAGGGAAAAGAUGCAUUUGGAGUGUCCAUCUCUGCAGAGUUCCAGGCAUUUCCUGAACAAAAAGAAGUCCCUGUGGAAAAUGUCUUUCCUUCUCAUUCAGCCUCUGGGUCCCCAGGAUAUGCUUGCUGGUCAUCUUCUAAGCUUUGUUUAAAUGAAAAUAAAUUACACCAUGAGAAUGAUAACAAAUCAGACUCUGAACAUGUUUUUAACGAAAAUAAGGAGAGUUUUUAUAAUGAUACAGAAAAUAAAAAUGUAAAGAACCCAGUAGUUACAUUGGAAGUGAAAGACCGAGGGCUUGAUCUGCAGAUGACAAAAAAUAUGAACCCAAAUACCACUAAUUGGAAAUUAGGCAUUGGACAUAUAUCUCAGUCUAGCGAUCCAGAAAGUCUUCUUGGUUUGUGUCUUGCCCACGCCAAGGAAAUGAAACACAUGAUUCAAAUAAAAAGGCACGCUAGUUCUGCAAUUACCAAUCCUUAUAAGGAAACACAACCAAAUCAAGACUUGCUCCAGAAGCCAUUAAAUGCCAAUAACUGCAGUGCUAAUGACUGCAAAAGCAUGGAAACUGAAUUAGAAAAUGUAAGUUCUUUCCCACCAUAUAGUGACAGAACAUCAAAAGUAUUUCUAAAUGAAGACUUACAGCAAGAUCUGCAAAGGUUUAAGAAUGAGAUACACAUGUUAAAAGCAGAGUUCUUGGCUUUGGAAAAAGAGAAAAUUCAACUUCAAAAAGAGCUUGAAGAAGAAAGGAAAAAGCACAGAAGUAGUGACAUGGAAGUAACAGAAAACAUAUAUAAUGCUACCACUGAGGACAAUGAUGGAUUAAUUCAACAAAGAAAGAAUGGAAACACUGAUAACCAACAAUUUCCUAUUAUGGAGGAUGAAGAUUCUAAUAGGUCUGCAAAGAAAAAUUCUAAUGAAGUUAACAAGGUCCAAGAGCAAAUUCAUUCUGUGGAUGACGUAGAUGAUUUAACUCAGUCUUCUGAAAUAGUUUCAGAGCAUUGUGAGUUACCUUACUCCAAUUAUCAGAAUUCCAUGUUGCUACUUGAACAACUUGGCACGGAUUGUAAAGAUUCUGUUAGCUUAUUGAAAAUCCAGGAUGCAGUUAUGUCAUAUGAAAGAUUACUAGAACUUAAAAAAAAUCACUGUGAACUACUUACAGGAAAAAUUAAAAAAAUUGAAAAUAAGGUGAUUGGACUACAAAAGGAGCUAUCAGAAACAAAAGAAAUGAAAUCACAGUUAGAACAUCAAAAAGUGGAAUGGGAACAAGAACUCUGCAAUUUGAGAUUUACCUUACAACAAGAAAAAGAGAGGAGAGAAAAUACUGAUAUGUUAUAUAAAAAAAUUAGGGAGCAGUUAAGAAAGAAAGAAGAGCAAUAUCAUAAAGAAGUUGAAAUGAAACAACAACUUGAAAUCACCCUUAGAACAUUAGACAUGGAAUUGAAAACUGUAAGAAAUAAUUUCAAUCAGGUUGUAGAAGAGCUAAAUGACACCCAGAGGCAACUUUCUCAUGAACAGAACGCCAGAUUAUCACAAGAUGCAAUCCUGACCAAUCACCUUUGCAAACAAAAGGAGAUAGAAAUAAAUCUUAAGAAAAUGAAUUCUGAGGUUUCUGAUAGUCAUGAAAAAGAGAAAGAUCUGUUGCAUGAAAACCACAUGUUGCAGGAUGAAAUCGCCAUGCUAAGACUGGAAAUAGACACAGUAAAAAAUCAGAAGCAGGAAAUGGAAAAGAAAUAUUUGGAGGAUAUUGCAAUCGUAAAAGAAAAGAAUGACCAACUUCAAAAGACUGUAAAACUGAAUGAGGAAACACUAACAAAAACAAUAUUUCAGUAUACUGGACAGCUUAAUGUUCUGACAGCUGAGAAUACAAUGCUAAACUCUAAACUGGAGAAUGAAAAACAGAACAAAGACAGACUGGAAACAGAAGUUGAAUCCUACCGUUCUAGACUGGCUACUGCUGUACAUGAUCAUGAGCAAGGUCAGACAUCAAAAAGAGAUCUAGAACUUGCUUUCCAGAGAGCAAGAGAUGAAUGGUUUCGUUUACGGGACAAAAUGGAUUUUGAUAUGUCUCACCUGAAAGAUAAUAAUGAAAUUCUUUCUCAACAACUGUCUAAAGCCGAAAGUAAAUUGAACAGCUUAGAAAUUGAGCUCCAUCACACGAGAGAUGCUCUCAGAGAAAGGACUUUGGUUUUAGAACGUGUCCAAACAGACCUAAGCCAAACACAGUGUCAAAAGAAGGAAAUAGAACAUAUGUAUCAAAAUGAACAAGGUAAGGUGAAUAAAUACAUUGGAAAGCAGGAAUCCUUAGAGGAGAGGUUUUCUCAUCUACAAAGUGAAAAUGUGUUGCUUCGACAGCAGCUAGAUGAUGCUCGCAACAAAACUGACAGUAACGAAAAGACAGUAAUUCAUAUCCAAGAUCAGUUUCAGGAUAUCGUAAAAAAACUUCAAGCUGAAAGUGAAAAACAAGGCCGUAUGCUGGAAGAAAGAAAUAAGGAAUUAAUCAAUGAAUGUAAUCAUUUAAAAGAAAGACUGUAUCAGUAUGAAAAUGAUAAAGCCGAAAGAGAAGUGGUUGUGAGGCAACUUCAACAAGAACUGGCUGACACCCUAAAAAAACAAUCUAUGUCAGAGGCUUCACUUGAGGUUACAGCACGUUAUCGUAUGAAUUUAGAAGAUGAGACACAGGACUUAAAGAAGAAAUUAAACCAAGUUAGAAAUCAAGUAUGUAUAAAAUGUAACAAGUUAACAGUUAAUCUGUAGCUGAUUAAAUUAAGU